UCUCGCCGCUUUCCUUCAGACACAAGCCAUCCGCGCUCACAACCAACACACUGAUUAAAUUCAACUUAAUUAUAUAACUUGAACAAGUUUAAGUGCUAAGUGAAGUGUCGUGUUUUAUUUUGAUAUUAUAAAAAAUCAAAAUGAAGAUCGCAAUAGCGUUUUUGCUAAGCUGCACGUACCUAGCCAGCUGCUUCCCGCCCCCGCACCCUGCUGUGGUCCAGGUUCGACUGGAAGAGGAACAACUGCCAGAGGACCUGCGGAGCCCAGCGCUGCGUAAUCCACACCUUCAGGAGAUAUUACCCCUGACUAGCGUACUGCAUGAAGGAGAAAAACCAGUAUUCCAACGUGAAGCAGACACGGUUUCGCGUAGAGAGAUAUACAACAUCCUGACGCACGCCGGCUUUAUCCCGCGGCAACGCGGCUUACCACCGCCAACCUAUCACCGCCAGCGUAACCACAAAACAUCACAACCACAGAUCACAAGUCAACAAAAUUACGAUAUACCUCUAUCUAAUACCGAUUUAUUGCAGUAUCUAUAAAUUAAUUUAAGUAUUGUAAUUGUAACCAAAUAAUCAUAAAAAUUUAGAUUAUAAUGUACAUAUACUUGUGUACUAAAGUAAUUUUGAGCAACGAUUUUAUUAU